CAAAAAGUGUAUAUAUAUGUGCUUCUUCUGUAGAUAAAUUAAUAUUUUAGACUUAUAAAGUGUGAUAGUUUAUAGAAGGUUGAGCAAAAGAUUUUUAUGUGUUAGCUAAGAGAAAACAAGAUAAAAUGAUUUAUUCUACUUCAACUACGAUAAUUGUGAUCACGCUGUCAAUUAUUGGUGGAUGCGCUGCGUUACAAAACAAGACGGUACAGAGAUCACUGAAUACUUAUAGUUUGUUCGAUGAAGAUACUUGGAGCCCUGGCGCACAAAUAAUGGCCAAAUUUUUUAAAGAGGUCAUCGCCAGAUCUACUGGAAAUACUCAGAUAGUGAGCUUGAACUUAACAACCUUGCUUUUGUUAUUGCUUCUGAAAGCGAUAAUUUUUGCAGCAGGUUUAAUUGGCACAGGUGCCUGGCAGCACCAAUAUGCGCGGAGUUUAAACCUAGAUCACAGUAAUCAAUACUUCAAUGUCGAUUAUCAAAACAGAGACACAAUAAAAAGGGCAACUUCAAUUUUCGGCGAAUCUCAGAUAAAUUAUAAACGUUGA